ACCUUUAAAGCUUUCAUUUAAUACCAAAGUCUUAACAUGUUUGCUUUUUUCAAAUCCUUCAUCGGCUAUGGUUCUGUCAACAAACAGGAGCGUAUGUCUCUAGAUAGAGACACCAACGCAACCAAUAAUGCUUCAACCCAAGAACUCGAUGCUCUGAUUGUCGGUGCUGGGUUUGGCGGUGUUUACCAGCUCAAGGCAAUGCGGGACGCUGGAUACAAAGUCAAGCUCGUGGAGAGCGGGAGUGACUAUGGAGGCGUAUGGUACUGGAAUCGAUACCCAGGUGCACGGGUAGAUAGCUCUAUCCCGCACUACGAAUUCUCCGACCCAGCACUAUGGAAGGACUGGACAUGGAACCAGAGAUUUCCGGGAGGCGCUGAACUGCGCUCAUACUUUGCAUAUGUAGCCGACAAAUGGGAUCUGAGGAAGGAUACACAGUUUGACAGCUUCGUGUCAUCUGCGACCUGGGAUGACGAUGAGGCUAGAUGGACGGUGAAGACAAAGGCUGGCGAGACUUACAAAGUCAAGUUCCUCCUACUAAAUACUGGGUUUGCCGCGAAGAGAUAUAUACCGGAUUGGAAAGGCAUUGACUCAUUCAAAGGAACGUUCCUCCAUCCAUCGUAUUGGCCUCAUGAAGAGCCCGAUCUCAAAGGAAAGAGAGUAGCCGUGAUUGGCACAGGGUCAACUGGCAUUCAGCUCGCCCAAGAGAUCAGUAAAGUCGCCAGCCAUCUUACGGUCUUCCAACGUACCCCCAAUAUGUCUAUGCCGAUGAAGCAAGUAGACUACGACCUUCCCGAGCAAGCCAUUCCCAGACCUGACUACCCCGAUCUUUUCGCCCACCGCACUGAUAGUUACUCUGGCUUUUCCUUCAACUUUCUGCCCCGCUCAACUUUCGACGACACUCCCGAACAACGCGUCAAAACCUACGAGUCCCUCUGGGCCGAAGGCGACUUCAAGUUCUGGCUAGCGACAUACUACGACAUGCUCUUCGUCAAGGAAGCAAACCGCGAAGCAUACAAUUUCUGGCGCGACAAGACACGCGCCAAGAUCAACGACCCCAAGAUUGCCGAAAUCCUCGCGCCCAUGGAGCAACCGUAUGCAUUUGGCUGCAAGCGCAUUUCUCUGGAGAACAAGUAUUUCGAGAUGUACAACGAGGCCAACGUAAGUCUCGUAGACACCAGCGACAAGGGAACGCCCAUCCAAGAGAUCACCGAACGCGGCAUCCGGACCACCGAUGCAGAGCACGAAUUCGACUACAUCAUCUGCGCAACAGGCUACGACGCCAUCACCGGCGGCCUGACACAAAUCGACAUCCGCGGCCCCUCAGGCGAGUCUCUAGACGCACACUGGAAGGACGGCGCGAAAACACAUCUCGGCCUCGCCGCCUCCGGAUUCCCUAAUAUGUUCUUCACGUACGGCCCUCAGGCGCCGACCGCGCUGUGCAACGGCCCGACGUGUGCGGAGCUGCAGGGUAACUGGAUCCUCCAGGCUAUGAACCAUAUGAAAGAGAAGAGCUUCAAGAAGAUGGAUGUGCAGAAAUCAAGUGAAGAUGAGUGGAAGACGCUCAUUUGGAAUAUCGCGAAUUCGUCGCUUUUGCCAACUGUGGACUCGUGGUAUAUGGGCACAAAUAUUCCUGGUAAGACGAGAGAACCGCUGAUCUAUCUUGGGGGCGUGCCGACGUACUAUAAGACUAUCAACGAGGCUGCCGAGAACGGGUAUACUGGGUUUGAUCUGUCGUAAGAGGGUCUAGGCUGUAAUUGGGGGAGUGACGGUCAAUUCUAGUAGUGAAAAGCGC